CCUAACUUUAUCCUAACUUUUUUUGUUUCAGUAUAUAAAACAAAAUGGCAGAAAAAGGAUCCUUAAAACUUGAGAAUGGAAAUGGAAUUGCCAGUGUUGCAGGCAGCACUGUGAAGUUAAAACGGGAACUAGGACUAUUUUCAGCAGUUAAUUUAAUAUUAGGGGUCAUGAUCGGUUCAGGAAUAUUUGUAUCUCCAGCGUCAGCAUUGAAAGAGUCAGGCUCAGUUGCAUUGUGCCUAAUUAUCUGGACGGUGUCCGGAAUUAUAUCUUUAUUAGGAGCAUUAUCAUUCGCAGAAUUAGGAACGGUAGUUAACAAAUCCGGUGCAGAGUAUGCAUACUUCCAAGAAGCAUUUAGCAAAUGUCAUAAAUUUUGGGGGCCUCUCCCAGCAUUUACUUGCGCAUGGAUAUAUGUCAUGAUUUUAAGACCAGCAGAAGUUGCAAUUAUUGUUAUGACAUUUGCUGCGUACGCCAUUCAACCAUUUUCAAUUGAUAUACCGGCUGAAAGUCGAGCUCAAGCCAUUAAGCUGGCAUCCCUGUCAGCUUUAUUUGUGAUGACGUACAUCAACAUAACGAGUGUGAAGCUGUUCGUGAAGGUGCAGAAUGUGUUCGGAGUGUGUAAGGUGUUCGCAUGCCUCGUCGUCAUAGGAGGCGGGAUAUAUGAGAUAGCUAGAGGCAACACUGCGAACCUCAACAAAGGUUUCGAAGGCAGCACGACCAACCCCGGCGGGAUAGCGCUUGCUCUGUACUCGGGUCUAUGGGCUUAUGACGGUUGGAACAGCGUCACCGUCGUUACGGAGGAGAUCAUCAACCCUGCUGUAAACGUCCCCCUCAGUAUAUCCAUAGCGGUUCCCCUGAUCACAGGCCUCUACGUGUUCAUGAACGUAGCCUACAUGACGGUUCUAAACUUCGAGGACAUGACUAGUGUGCCGGCCGUGGCCGUCGAGUUUGGCAAUCGCGUGCUGGGCCCUGCCAGCUUUUUGAUACCGCUUGGUGUGGCUAUUGCUACGUUCGGAUGUGCUAUGAGUGUUCAAUUCGGUGUGACCAGGGUAUGUUAUACAGCAGCUAAAGGUGGACAUAUGUUAGAAGUAUUUUCGUAUGUAAAUAUGAAAAGACUGACACCAGCUCCAGCGGUAGCUUUUCAGGCACUGCUGACAGCAAUAUAAAAACGCAUUUUAUCCACUAGUGGGUAAAGUA